AGCAAGGAAGAGGAGAGGGAUCUGCACCCGGUGCUGAGUGGGGAAGGGAGUGAAUAGGGUCUGGGAGUGCGGUGCUUGGUGGGGGGGUGCAGCAUUUUGGGGCUCCCCAGCUGUGCUGAACUCCCUCUUUGUUGUGUGCUGCAUCCCGUGCUCGGGGGUGUGGUGGGGUUGGACAGAUCCAUCUGCUUAAGCUGAGCAGAUUGAGCAAAGAUAGAAGAAAACCUGUUAGAUCCCUGCUCCCCUAUACCCCCCUUCUCCCCCCCACCUUGGCUGCUGCCUGCUGCCUCUCCAUGCUGUGUCUCCCAGCACCCAUCCAGCUUUACAUCCCUCCAGCCACAGGUCUUCCAUCACCCUCUCAGGAGGCUGUUGCAUGACUGUGAGAUUUGAUCCCAAUAUGAAUGCACCCCCAGCCCUGGCAUAGCCCUGAGCAGCUGGGGACCCCCUCAGGGCUUCACAAAGGGAAGCAGCUCUGCUUUCAGUAGAGAGAAAGGGAAUGGAUUAAAAAAACCAAACCAAGAUGUUGUCACCCAAGAACUACAGCCGGGAUCAGCCCCAGGUGGCAGCCCUGUGCUGUAACCAUUGGGUAAAGGGAAGAUCUGAUCCUUAUAAUCCCUUAGGAUCUCUCGGACCAGCUAAGAUACUACAUAGAUGAUGUUUUUAUUGGUUUUCAACUGGUUUCUGUUGAUGGGUUGGGCAUCUGUUUUGGUACACUGGAGUUGUGUGGCAGCGUGCUUCAGAAAUGGGGCUUUGUGCACCGAAAGCAUCACACGAGGGCUCUCCCAGCUGUGCUGCUGCAUAUUUAGGGCCAGGGACAACAUGCCUGCAGCAUUAUUAAUGCUGAUUAAAAAAUAAUGGCAGGGUAACUGAUGUUGUAUAGUGUGAAACAGCCUCGGUGCUGCUGUCCUCUCCCCAUGGGGUCCCGCAGGAAGCAAACUCCCAGCUGAGCAGUCAGGGUCCACCUCAGCACGGGGUGCGCAGUGAUUGCGUGCAUCUUCGUUUCCGUAAGGCUCACAACAAAAGUGUCUUUUUUUGGUCCCCAAAGUCCCAUGAGACUUCUCAUUAGGGAAGGGAGUUCCAUUGGUGGUUUCCUCCUGCAGGGCUGUGAGCCUGCAAGCAGUCCCUUCAGCCCAGCUGCGAGGGGGUUUUCCUUUUCCUUCUUGCCCAUCCUCAGCUCUUGCAGCCCAUUGUCAGGCAGCUGCCAUGUUCCCAUCUCUGCCUUUGGCUUUCCAUUAAAGUCAUCUUUUCAUCUGCCAUCUGGGAGCGUUGCAGAGCUUACCUAGCUAUUAGCAAAGCUCUGGGAUGGAAAACGUUAAAUCUGGGUGAAGGGAUUAUUGCAAUCAUUAAACACACAAUAUAUUUCUCACUCCUCUGGUUGCCCAAAGCCCACUCCAUAUGGCCAGUGAGCGGAGGGCACUGCAGGAGAGUGAGCAUUUGGGAUCAGUGCAGAGGUGACAGAGGAAGAGUGCAUCAGCACCGCUGUGUGCUGCCAGGGAAGGGGUCCAAGCGGGAUGCAAAGGUCUGAGCCCUCCUCUGGUGUAGGGAUGGAGAACCUCUCCUAUAGGAACAGAUUAAAGGGAUUGGCUUCUCGUGGCCAAAAGAGAGGAGGCUGAUAGGCCAUGAGUACUUUUGGGAGGCAAACUGGAAGCAAAAUUCCACAAUAAGAGUAAAGGGAUGAACAUGUUGGUAGGAAACUGGGAGGUGGAGUUUCUGGGUAGGACGUGGGGGAAGUCUUCUAAGACUAAGGAAGAACUGAGAAGGGGGUGGAAGGGGCAUAACUGCUAUAACUGUGCUCGUGUGUACUGCACUUAAUUAGUACCAUGCUGCAGAGCUUCCAAGUCUUCCUUCUUAUGAAGCAUUUGUGCCUGAUGCCCAAUCUGAACCUCCCAACCUGUUGUUGCUGCCUGCUCUAUCAUCUGGCUCUAAUGAGAGAGAUUUCUCUGCCUGGAAAAGAAUCUCCUCUCCCCCACAUAGCAGCUCCCUACUGCAUUCGUCCACUCUCUCCGAACGAGAUCGCUGAACCCAGGGAGCAGAGAUUCCCUUCAUGAUGCUUAAUGGAUGCCAUAAAACAUGGCUUUAGUCCAAGGGAUGGGCUGCUCUGUGCUUCAGUUCCCACUGCUGGAAAACAGAUGGAUCCCAGCAGCAUCCUCAGGGCAUGGCUGGACCUGGUGCUCCCAGGGCUGAAGGUAGGAGAGCAGAAUGGCUGGGCAGGGGCUUCCCUGGCUCGUGUGGGUCCUCCAUUGUUGCCCUGACAAAGGCAGCCCUGUUCCUCCCCACAACUAUUCCUUGUCAGCAUCCCUCAGCAUUUCAGCUGCAGAUUUCCUGCCCGCUGGCAGCCUUUCAAGAGACGGCACGGAACGUGGAUGGAAAGUGGAUGAGAGGGGAAGCCGUGCGUGGUGGGGCCGAGUGGGGUCGUGGGGGCUGCGUGAGCGGCCCAUCUGGUUCCCUCCAGAGCCCUCUGUCCUGGAUUGCAGCAACAAGAACCUGGGUUGGGUCCCAAACACCGGUGUUGGCCUGGAGCCACGCAAGGAGCCCGGAUCUGAAGCCAACUUAGAAUCAUGGAAUCAUUAAGGCUGGAAAAGACCACUAAGACAAUCAGGUCCAACUGCCAGCCCAUCACCACCAUGACUUGAGGUCUGCCAAGGAUGGAGCCCUGACCACCACACUUGCUCUGUUGUCCCCCCACGGCUGCAGCUUGCUGCCCCUUUUCCUGAGAAGCUGCAGCAGCGCUGGUGAUGUUGUGUUCCUGGCCUGAUGCUGGCCUGUUUGAUGCUGAUUUGUUUCACAGCAUGGGCUGGCCAUGGCAGGUGUUUGCAUAACCCUACAUGUGGUCAUGGGGACAUCAGCAGUACCGAAUUUCAUGGGGGAGAUGCCCGAUAGCCCCUCUGAGGAGUGGAAGCCAUGCCACGCUGCUGGGGAAAAGGCAUCUUCUUGGGAUGGAGAGGGAGGGGGCCUGGAUCCUUUCUCCCCCCCCUCCCCCCCCCCACACACACUGUGCUUGGUCUUUGGGAAAGCCUCUGGCCAUGGCACAGUGAUCCCAGCAGUAAACACUGACUUCACAGGGCUGCUAAUGGGAACCAUAUGGCAGAGAGGGGCCUCUCACCCUUUGCAGUUUUGCAGUCACGCUGCUUUCCUGUGCCGGAAAACCAUCAUCAGUUUUCAGAGAGGCUCUCAGCCAGCAGUGGGCUGCUUGGGGGCCCAGUGAAAUGAGGCUGGUAGGCAGCAAAGGGCCGUGAUGCUGAGCAGGAGAAGGGGACAGUGCUGUGUGUUGGAGGCAGGCCAUGGUUAUGGGGAGAUGCCGUCCUCCUGUGAGUCGGGGAAUUUCCACAAGGGGCCACUCCAGAUGCUUCCCUGUCCUUACAUCUGUCCCCAGGGCCAGGCAGGUGAGAGGCUGUGAGACAAAUGUUUUGUGACUGAGCAGCUUCUGGGCUGAAUGCUGCCUUCUUCAGCCCAAAGAGCUCCUUGGUUAGUGCCAAAAGGCAGAGCUGCAGCACUCCUCCUGCUGUAUUCCCAUGGCAGCAAGUGCAUGUGCCCUGCAGGUGACCUCCAGCCCCACUGUCCUGGGUCAAAGACAGCUUGCUGAGGUCACCAAGAAGCCCCCAGAGCCAGGCUGAAGCUGGUGGUUUGGGCACUCAGUGCAUCCUGCUGAAUCCAGUGCCACUGAGAUCCAGUUCUGUCACAUUGCAGCCACCAGAGCUGCUGUCAGAGGCUGCUCCACCUCCUUGGGCUCAAGCCCAGAUCCACUGGAGGGCCAUCAGAUGCUCCAAGGAAGGGCAGGAAGAGCAAAAGCUGCAGGGUGAAGGGGUCCUUGUCCCAUCCUGAGCUGUAUGAUAAGAAGCCAAUAGUCAGUCCUCCUCCUCCUGGGCUGUGUGAAGGAGCUUAGGAAAGGAGGUCUGGAGAAAUCAGGGCUAGCAGCUGUGGUGCCAGCAUCCACCAUAGAGGCCAGGACUGAGCUUCCUUGCUUUGUCACAGACAUAACACGUGGCCUUCGUGAAAUCAGCAAGCUGUUCCAGCACCAGCAAUCUUGGCAUCAGUGUGGCAAUGUGUCCUGAAGCAAAGCCUGUGCCAUGGGGGUUCCUCUGCACACAGAAGCAUGUUUACUGCUUUGAGCUCAAAUCCCCCCUGUGCCGACCAAUGCCUCCUUGAAACAGUGAUGACAGCAGCUGGAAGCCUCUUAGAAACACUCCUGCGGUCUCUAGUGUGCUCUGUUUCCUUUAUCACUUCAGCACACCCUUCCCCUUUGAGAUUUCUACCCCUGUCCUUGGGCAGGAAGGAUGUUUAGCAACAUCUACUCUUGUCUGGAGGGCAGCUAGACCAAAGGGGCCUCUCUUGAAACAAAGACCGGGGCACGGGGCUGCAGAAGGGUGUUGCAAGAGGAGAGCUUUCAACACCUCCCCAGAAACAUCAGCCCACAGACUUCAAGCUCAGGAUUAAACCCACCGAGGAGGGGACAGAACCAUGUUCCAGGCCUCGGAAGCCGCCAGCACAACCCCAUCUCACGAGGCAAAGAGCAACUCAGGAGGCAGCACGGUGCAGCGCUCCAAGGUACCACAAUUCUCCUGCACCCGAUUGCUGUGGGAGGAGGUGGGAAGGACAGGGAUGGGCACAGGAUCUCCAAACCCCUUUCCUCACCUUCUCUCCCUUUGGUUUCCCCUUGCCCAGUCCUUCAGCCUGAAGGCCCAAGUGAAGGAGAUGUGCACUGCCUGCCAGAAAACCGUCUACCCCAUGGAGCGGCUGGUGGCGGAUAAAUUUGUCUUCCACAACUCCUGCUUCUGCUGCAAGCACUGCCAUGCCAAGCUCAGCCUGGGCAGCUACGCGGCACUCCACGGGGAAUUCUACUGCAAGCCCCACUUCCAGCAGCUCUUCAAGAGUAAAGGCAACUACGACGAGGGCUUUGGGCGCAAGCAGCACAAGGAGCUGUGGGUGCACAAGGAAGUGGAGAGCGGGACCAAGUCGGCAUGAGCAGGGCACGGCCCACCCUUCCCUGGAGCCCAGCAGACAGCACGGAGCAGUGCUGAGCCAGCGCUGACUGAGCUGAUGUAAAGCAAAGGGGACCCAAGCAGUAGGGAAGGGGAGGCAGCUCAGCUUUUCCUGGGGCCUCUGAGGAUGUCUAGAGGGGUCCUACAGAUGGUAAGGAUGGGGCAGAGGUGAGCGGGGUGCAGCCCCCAGACCCAGAGCCCUCUCUCCCUGAUGAGAUCAGACCAGAAGCGCUUGCCCCCUAUGAAAUCCCAGCCCUGUGCACACAUUCCAGGCCUGCUGCCGUGGGAAAGGAGAUCCAAGGGCUUUGAGAGCCCCAACCCAGCCUGUAAGUCAGAGCAGAGCUCCUGGUACCAAUGCUGCCUUGCUGGGGCUCUGAAUAAGGAUGGUCUUUGGUUUACAUCAGCUCAGUUCAGUUGGGAUUGUUCAGCCUUAAGGAUGUUGCCCUGCGACUGUUUAACAGUGUCUGUCUUUUUUAUAUUUGCCUUCCAUUGGUACGUUCUGCGCUAGAGCCGAGUGCAGCUCCAUGCGUGACACCUCUUUUAUUUUUGUAAUACAAGGUUUCCAAGCCUUC